AUGACGUUGAGGGCCACCGCCCCGUGCUGGCAUCCCGAAGCUUCUGAGGUGGCAAGGGAGUCACACCCCUCAGCCCUCUGGCAGCCCUCCCAGGACUGCCUGUUCUGCGGACACCCGAUGUGCAACCAGACAGUGGAAUAUAUCGUCAUCCAGGCAGAGCCCCCAAGAAGAGGUCCAGAUGUGUUCCCAGCCUGGCCCACGACGGCUCAGCAGAUGUGCUGCCUGAGUGCCCCGCAGGCACAGAGGGAGUCGGCCAACAGGCUGCAGGCCUGUGGAACUGAUGGAAGCCUUUGUAGAAGUCCCCUGUGGACAGGAAGGGCUCACAGGCCAGCAGCUGUCAAGAAGCAGACCAGCAGAAAGGGACCAAGAAAAAGCCAUCCUCAGUCACCUCGGCGGCCAGCUUACAGAAAGGGAGGCCCGAUAGGCCUGGGUGGUGGCAGAGCCCCUCCAGUGGGGGGCCCCGGUGCUGUGGAGGCAGCAGCAGGAAAAGGCAACGCCAAGGGUACCCUGCCCUCCAGUGUGCAGCGGAUGAAGUCCUUUUCAUCCCACAUCUCAGCCCCUGGUAAGAAGAAGAGGAUCACCCACGUUCCCAACGUCUACUUGGUCACAGCCCGCACAGGUGCCAAGAGGACCAUGGCAGCCAGCGGUAGCCAGCCUUACCAUGCUCCAGGAUCCGGCCGCCAGCAGCUGAAGACGUGCAAGCUAUCCGCGAUGGCAUCCAAAACCGUCAAAACCACGACCACCGUGCCCCACAAGCGGGUUGCUCACAGCCAGUCUUUUCAGAGUUUAAAGCAACUCACUAUCCUGAAAGAGUUCGGGGACAAUGUCACCACCAUCAUCCGGAGGCACUAUCUCCUCCUCUUCAUCGAGGAGUGUCUGAAGUUCUGUGCCUCCAACCACGAGGCCGUAGAGAAGGCGCUGAACGAGGAGAAGGUGGCCUACGACAGCAGCCCCAGCAUGAACGUCUACCUGAACAUGACGGCCAACACCCUUAAGCAGCUGCGAGGUCUGGUCCCCAGCGCCGUGCCCGGGCUCAACAGGGCCGCCCUAUACAGCCGCCUGAAGGAGUACGUGCUCACCGAGGACCAGCUCAAGGAGAAUGGCUACCCUUUCCUGCACCCCAAGCUGCCAGGGGGUGCCGUCCUCUUCACCGCCAAAAAGCAGCAGCCCCAGAACUCCUCCUGCAGGGUCUGCUGCCGCUGUGGCACUGAGUACCUUGUGUCCUCCUCCGGCCACUGUGUCAGCGAUGAGGAGUGUCAUUACCACUGGGGGCGGCUCCACCAGAACCCAGUGGCGGGACGCUGGGAGACACGGUACACGUGCUGCUCGGCCCCCCCCAGCUCCGUGGGCUGUCAGGUAGCAAAGCGACACGUGCGGGACAGCCGGAAGGAAGACCUUCAGGGUUUCGUGAAGACCUUCAGGAAGGAAUCCUCAGCAGACGCGCACCCAGGAAUCUACGCCCUGGACUGUGAGAUGUCUUACACCACAUACGGGCUGGAGGUGACCCGUGUCACGGUGGUCAACACAGAGCGGCAAGUGGUUUAUGACACCUUUGUCAAACCCAUCAACGAGAUCGUCGACUAUAACACCAGGUUUUCAGGGGUGACGGAGGCUGACCUCGCCAACACAAGCACCAGGCUGCAGGACGUCCAGACAGUCCUGCUGAGCAUGUUCAGUGAAGAAACCAUCCUCAUUGGACACAGCCUGGAGAGCGACCUGCUGGCCUUGAAGGUCAUCCACAGUACUGUGGUGGACACGUCUGUGCUCUUCCCCCACUACCUGGGCCUCCCCUACAAGCGUUCCCUGCGGAAUCUCACAGCCAGCUACCUCAGACAGAUCAUCCAGGACAAAGAGGACGGGCACAUCUCCAGUGAGGACGCCGCUGCCUGCAUGAGCCUGGUAUUCUGGAAAGUCCAAGAAGACGCCCAGAUCAAAGGAUGA